ACCCGUAGGGUGAAAAUCUGCUUGCUUGGUGACCUUGCCAAGCGAGAGGAUCUUCAUGUGUAUGGGCACCUAUAUUUUAGGUUCUCCAGGUUUUUCAUUAGGCGUACUCAGUUUUCAAGGGUUUUCUUCUGGCCUUUAGGGAAGAUUUGCUAAAAGCUGUCUUCUUCAUAGGAUUAAUUUACUAUCUGUUCUUUUUUUCAUUGUAAUGGGCAGUGUAUUAGGGUUUUGUUCUAGAUUUUGGUACCUUGUAUAGUCCCGCAAGGAUAUUUUUAAUUGGGCCACCACAGACACACUUGAUAUGCCCGUCACAUGUUUGUUUCAUAAAGAAAGAAUGUACCUGGUUUCUCAAUACACUAUUUACUAAAGCAUUUCUCAUUUUUCCCUUUGGGGGUUCUUCAACCGAAACUGUCUGACCAGCCCCAAGGUAGCGAUUACCAUUAUAAACUAGGGGCAAAAUUGUGGCAACCGUUCCAAAGUAUUAUUCUUAUAAACAGAUAAAACAUUCUUAGAAUGGGAAGCUUUUGCUAGUGCCAGAAUAUAUAUAUAUAUCUUGCAUGGGAAGAAAAUAGUCAGUAAUAGUAAAUGACACGCACUCCCGGCAGACAAGAAGCUGUGAAGCUUGUAAAUUUAUUUUUAUGGUUCUCAGUAAACCCCGUCGCCAUGUUAGUUUGAAAGCUGAACUGGGUGUUUUUUGGUCUGAUGAUGAGCUAAGAAAUACUUUUCAGUAGCCCGUAGGGGAUUCCCACACCCAUUCCCCACCAUCAGAUGGAGAGAAAGGAUCCAGGUGUGACCAGGAAACACAAAGAGCAUUUCAUGAACUCAGAGAAUAAAAGAAGCAGCUCUCUCUCAGUCCUUCUACAGAAUAUCUCAGAUGUUGAUCCGGGGUGCUCUUUUGGUGCUUCAUCAUUGUUUUGGAGGACAGGACUUUCCUCUCGGAGGACUAAGCAGGUGUCUGGAGUAAUAGUCCAAUCAUUAGGUUCCAUUUAGGAGCCCUGAAUCUGUUUUGAAAUGGAUACAAAGCCUGAUUGGACAUGUCUACCUCCGAACCUCCUUCUGAGUGGGUAGUUGUAUUCUCUGGAGACUGAGUAGCACAGUCUAUAGCAACAGCUCUAAGUCUUCACAGGGGGAGGAAUAUGAGGAUAUAAUCCACUUGGAAGACGAAGUGUUCAACCCCAAUAUGACUUCAUUUAAGCAUGAAAAUGUGGAGGACCUCUAUGAAUUGCUGGAGAAGCUGGGCAGUGGUCAUUUUGGAGAGGUGAAGAAAUGCAAGGAAAAAAGCACCGGGACCUAUUAUGCCGGAAAGUUUAUAAAGACACGGAAAUGUAAAGGCAGCCGCCUAGGUCUCGACCGGGACCAGGUGGAAAGGGAGGUGUUUAUCCUGCAGCAGCUGGAACACCCGAACAUUAUGAGGCUUCACGAUGUCUUUGCAAGCAAAGCCGAGAUGGUGCUGAUCCUGGAACUGAUCCGAGGCGGCGAGCUCUUCGACUUCAUUGCUGAGAAGGAAGCCCUGUCGGAAGAGGACGCCAUAGAGUUUCUGGAGCAGAUACUGAAAGGAGUGGCCUACAUGCACACCCGCAGCAUUGCUCACUUCGACCUGAAGCCUGAAAACAUUAUGCUGCUGCAGAAAGACGUGCCCCAUCCCAAGAUCAAGAUCAUAGACUUCGGCUUGGCUCAGAAGAUUGAAGAUGGGACUGUGUUUAAAAGCCUGUGUGGGACACCCCAAUAUAUAGCUCCUGAGGUCAUAAACUACGAGCCACUAGGUCCCCCAACUGACAUGUGGAGUAUCGGAGUCAUCACAUAUAUCUUGCUUAGCGGCUUGUCGCCCUUUCAAGGUGAGACAGACCAAGAGACACUGACGAAUGUCGUGGCAGGGAGCUAUGAAUUCGAUGACCGCAUCUUCAAACAGACCAGCGAGUUGGCCAAGGACUUCAUACGGCAGCUAUUGCUGAAGGAUCCAAGGGACCGAAUGACCGCCGUAGAGUGUCUGAUCCACCCAUGGAUUAAGCCACUGAACAGGAAGCAAGCUGUGAACAGGAGCCGCUCAUCUAUCAACAUGAAGAACUUUAAGAAAUUUAAUGCUAGACGGAAGUGGAAGCUUUCCUACAACAUGGUAUCAGCCUGUAAUAGGCUAUGUCGUAUGAAGCUGCUGUGCAACCCAAUGAAGGAUGAGGAAGAACUGUUUUACAGUGGGGAUCUUCUGAGACCAACAUCUCCACUGACAGAACGUUCCAACAAAACCAGAAGGCAGUGUGAAAGUGACCAAGAGGACGAGAAAACCAAACCCGUGACACUUCUACGCAGACGCUUGAGCAGCUGUUCUUGACUGCACUCAGUAGCACCUCCAUCCUCAAGCAUGCACCGUCCAAGGAAUCUAGAGGAAGCCCCUCAAAGAUGGGCCCCAUGGAGAAACCACGAAGCCUGAAGAUCCAUUGCUGCUAGAGGGAGCCAAGUGGGGGCAGAGGGCCGCCUACUUACCCCCCACCAAACCUAAGAACCUGCAUGUAACUUUACCAGGUUAAUUAACUGAAUGCAAAAUCCGAGUUUGUGGCAUGGCUUAACCCUUUGCUGCCUGAGGGCAGACGUCUUUGAUUUCAUCAACAGCAGCAUGGCAAACGGCGUCCGGACAGGAAUAUAUGAGCGAGUGCUUUUUACUUUAAUACAGUGACAUUAUAUAUUAUCAUGUGACAGCUGCAUGUUACCAAAUCUUCCAGGGGGAAAGCAGUAUUCCUUCCUCAUAAAGAGUUUAUUUUAUUAAUGACGUUAUCCUCCUCCUGGAUACAUAAGCGUGGUUUGUUUUUUUUUUCCCCCUGAGUUUUUACAAUUAUUUUAUUUCUGCUGAAACAGGUGGUUUUUAUAAGCCAUUAUUUUUAUGUGAAACUUGCAUUUUUCUCUUAUUCACAGUAAAAGUUAACAUUUUCUAAGAAAA